UAUAAUGUGCUGGUAUGUCGUCAUUACACUAGUACAGAAAGCCGUCACAAUCAGUUUUCUAGGCCUAAAAUCGUAGAAGCUUUCACCGAUUAUCACCUCUUUACUUUGCUACAAUAAUUAUGAAUUUCUUAUUUGAAAAAGUGGCAAUUAUUACAGGUGCCAGCUCUGGUAUAGGUGCCGGGACAGCCGUUCACUUUGCGACUUUAGGUUGUAGCUUGGCGCUGGUGGGAAGAAAUAUGGAAGGUCUUAAAAAGGUGGCGGCAGAAUGCGAAGAAAGAGGCUUGGAAGCAGAUCAGAUUUUACUGGUUAAUACUGACGUCACAAGAGAACACCAAGUAGAGAGCGCUGUUGCUGAAGUUAUCAACAAAUUCCACAAAAUUGACAUUGUGGUUAACUCUGCUGGCUGCUUGACAUACGGCGGGCUUGAAAGUACAUCUGAGGUGUUCGAUGAUGUUUUCCAAAUUAAUGUAAAAUCAAUAUUUACAGUGUGCAAAGCCGUGGAACCACAUGUAUCCAAAUCAAAAGGCGUGAUAAUCAACGUUUCAAGCGCAUGCAGUUUACGAGCAUCACCUGGUUUAAUGAUUUACGGAAUGUCCAAGGCCGCCGUUGACCACAUGACUAAAACGCUUGCUCUUGAACUGGCUCCAAAACAAGUGCGCGUUAAUGCUGUCAAUCCUGGUAUAAUACGGACACCUAUCUAUGAAAAAACGAAUACACCAUGGGAAACUACUGAGGAAAAAAUGAGUAUCGAAGGAAAGAAGUGGCAUCCAUUGGGCCGAGUUGGUCAGGUAGAUGACGUAGCUAAGGCCAUUGCCUUCUUAGCUUCGGAUGAAGGGGGAUUUAUUACGGGAGAAACACUUCCAGUAGAUGGAGGAAGACACAUAAGCUUACCCGCAAUGUAGCCAAAAAUGGGCAUAAGCCGCGUGCAGAGUAGUAUACUG